AUGACCCAUUUCGACUCUGGGUUAUUGCGCAUUCGAAUCAACUUUAGUCCCCGGUUCCCUGAAGAGCAGCCUCGCGUGAAGUUUGAAACACGCAUUUUCCACCACCUUGUUGCUCCAGAUGGCACUAUUUGCUAUUCGCCCAAGCCCAACAAGAAGGAAGACAUCAUGUCUCAUGUGGAGGCCAUCAUUUCCGCUUUGGAGGAGGACGAACCAGCCUACGACCCCAGAAAGAUUGUUAAUCUUGAAGCCAACAAGCUGUUUUGGAAUGGGGAAAAGGAUGGGAAGAAGCUAUAUCACCGACGUCUCCGUCGCUCGGUACAGGAUAGCACUGAAGAAUUCCCUGUGUGA